AUGGCUCAGUUACUAUCUCCAGUUUGUACAGACACUCUCAAAUUCCAAAACCCAAUUUCAAGUAUUGGUUCAAGGAAUCAAUGGCCUGUGAUUGGGAAGAAUAGUUUGAGUUGGGGGACAAUGGGCCAUGGUGCUAGAAGGAAAGGUUCCAAAAGAGUAAGGGUUGCCACUGGAGACCCUUCUUUGGCUGAAGAUUUUGCCGAUGAUUAUUAUCAAGUUCUUGGACUGCUUCCAGAUGCCACACCAGAUCAAAUCAAGAAAGCUUACUAUAAUUGCAUGAAGUCCUGCCAUCCAGACUUGAGUGGGAAUGAUCCAGAAGUGACAAAUUUUUGCAUGUUUAUCAACGAGGUGUAUUCGGUUCUUAGUGACCCAGUGCAGAGGAUGGUUUAUGAUGAAAUUCAUGGCUAUGCUUUGACAGCAAUCAAUCCGUUCUUAGAUGAUUCAAGCAAUAAAGAUCAUGUCUUUGUUGACGAGUUCAGCUGCAUAGGUUGCAAAAAUUGUUGUAAUGUUUGUGGAGAUGUAUUCACCAUUGAGGAAGAUUUUGGAAGAGCUAGAGCAUAUAGUCAGUCUGGAAAGAAUGAUUCAGUUCAGCAAGCUAUUGAUAGCUGUCCCGUUGAUUGCAUCCAUUGGACCUCAGCUCAGCAGUUGUCUUUGCUUGAAGAUGAAAUGCGCAGAAUAGAAAGAGUAAAUGUAGCAUUCAUGCUUUCCGGAAUGGGAUCCGGAGCCGUGGAUGUUUUCAGAAUGGCAAGUUCUAGAUGGGAAAAGAGGCAAAGCAAAAUCUUGGAGCAAGCUAGAAGGAGGAUGGCAUCGCAGAAAGCAUCCGGUAAAGAUGAAAUAAUCUGGAACAACCUCUGGGGCAAACCUGGAGAAGAAAGGAAUUCAGAAGAAGACAUUAACGAGAGGGCAAAGCGAGCAGCUGCUGCCGCUAGAAGAUGGAGGGAAUACUCUAGGAGGGGAGUCGACAAGCCGCCAACCAUGAAACUUCCUGAGACAGUCUCGAAUUCAGAGGACUAA